AAUACUUAGGUCGCAUCGGUCGCUCAUAUCCGAGUUCUCCGUGGUGUGCGAGACUAUGAGUAGUUUUUACUACACCGAGGAAGUUAAAGACACCAGGCCAGGGAAGCAUGCAUAUGUCCACCAGACCACGGCCUUCAUGACACGCUCGAAAGAGGUUCCUUAACAUCUUUGCGCAAUGGUGUGAUUGUCCCCAUCACUGUGAGACGACCGGUGUACAAUAGCGGACAUGUUGCGGACCAGGCUGUAGCCUAGAAUUCCUAGGAUCUUGGCGACUCACAGGUCCUCUCGUGGGCCGAGAUGAAAGAACGUAGUAAGCGAAUAAAACUAGGUGUAGCAGUAUAUAACGCCUUCUACCCAUGGACUCUUUUUGACAUCCCUCGCUCUCGGUUUUUCUCUGCCUGUGAGGAUAACACAUCUUCGAUCAUCCCCAGUCUCAAUCGACGAAUCUUGAACAUGCAACUCUUCGCUAAGAUCCAGUUCUUCGCCAUUGCCGUCGCCGCCUUCAGCGGUACCCUCUCUUCCGCCGCCGUGCUAGAGAAGCGAUGCGCGAACGUUGGGAGUGUGUGCCUCUUAGACGGUGAUUGCUGUUCCCUCCUCGGCAUCGUCCCUUCUCAGUGUAUCGGUCUGAUCUGCGUUUAAUGACAGUGGUGGUCUACCACGUAGUCAGCGAUUUGGUAUCCGCAAGUCAUUGAUACUCUGUGGUGUUGAUGUCAACGACGAAUGGAUAUGAAGGCGAGCCUUGUGUUCGUGUGUACUGGUAGAAUCGACUUGGCGUCUAUAUGCUGUAUUUUGAUGGGAAGAAUGAACAGUGGACAAUGGC